AUGACGUGCGUCGCAUUUGACUUGCAAGACCUCAUCUCGGGCGGCAGCGAUUACAUUCCGUUCGAAGUUUCGUCGGCGGUUCUUCUACCAGCCUGACGAGACCAAGAGAAUACCCAUGGGCCUCCAGCGCGGCAUCCCAUCGUAUGAUUACCCAUUGGACUGCACAAGGUGCCCGACGGCCCAAUUCCGCAGACGCACUUCAACUGGGACGGCGUGUGCGACAAGAAGGGCUGUGGCGGCGGGAAGAAGUACUACAUGCACGUGGAGCGAAAGCCCAACCACCCCGCCGAGUCAGACCCCUCCUCGCGCAAGGACGGGAUGGGGCCCCGGAGCACCCUGGGCUGCACCGAGAACAGGGCGGAUGACGGCCGGGACCUCAUGGGCAGGUUGCAGGAGAUGGUGCAGAUGUUUGAGAGGGCCGAGCGGGAGGGGCUGAAGUACUUCGCGCGGCUCCGAGGGGUGAGUGAGGGAGGAUAAUUGUGUGUGUCCGUCCAAGUAUCCAUGUUUUGUCUUGUGUCGUGUUUCUCAGGCCUAUCACUAUCGGUCGUCUUCCUACUUGGAGUUCGAGGACCUGAGCGCCCACUCGACGCCCAACGACUGCAUCGAGGGUCGGGGCGUUGCGUCGAUGAGCAAGCAUGAGGCCUCCCACUGGGUGCGGCAGCUGGUGGAGACCCACCAGGAGCUCAAGGCCAUGGACAGAUUCUCCAAGUAGGGACCCAUUGGACAUGUUGACAGGCAGACACACACAUCAUGUCUGUCUGUGAAUGAAUGUGUGCAGCGACUUCGACCUGAGGAGCUACCUGGUUGACGAGGCCAAUACGGUCAAGCUGGCGUGCAUGAGGUGGCGUGUUGGAAAGCACUCCGUCGCCACAGAGAGGACACAGAAACCGCUCACUCACUCACCAAGGUAGGCUCACGCCGCCGUCUCGAGGCUCCUUCGCGCACCGUCAGCGAUGCGGUGCAUCCCCAAAGGCCAGAAUGAGUCUAGCACGCAGACAUUCUAGAGUAAGUACCGCUUGUCUUCCCUCCCGGCCUCCUCCCGGUGCCAGGAUACGAACGCUACCCGACCAUUCUACUCGUACGCCACACAACACACCGCACCACACCACACCACACACACAUUCGUUGCGCAUUGUCUGUUGUGUGUGUGUGUGUGUGUGUGUGUGUUUGGCAUGUUGGCAGACGUAUGAGUUUCCCGACGGCGAGCAGCUGAGCGUGCACGCCAACCUUGGCGCGCCCUUCAGGGGCGACAGUCGUGUGGGCUAAUGCGGCGCUCGUGUAGAUGUUCGUGCGAUGCUUCAUGGCGGUCAGUGAGACACUCAGCGAGCGAAACACACGACUAAUGUGUGCUCUGUGUGUAUGUGUGUAGGGUCGUACCAGCGUGACGACGGGUGAGAAGAACACCCUGAUGUGGGGCGGUGUCCACCACAAGACCAACCUCGACCACGGUAUGGGAUCCAGGCGGCUGCACGUCACACCGUGAUUCAUGUGUUGGUGUGUGUGUGCAUCCAUCACACUAGGAGCGGCGCAUGGAUACCCCGACCAGGGCUACUUCUUUAACGCGACACGUCCGCUGCACGACACACUGACGGAGGCAUGGCGCCACCCUCCUCGGUGAUUGCCUGAAUGUCGCGUGUGCAGACGAGCUCCAUGGCCACGGUAUCGUGCCCACACCGAUGGAGCAGACCCUCCUCACUGGCGACACUCCUCCACUCGGCACAGCGCCAUAUGGGAGGCCACCGACGCUCAAGUGGUCACCUCACUGACCACACACACAUCACAUCAUCCAGUGAGUGUCAAUUGGUUGCAUUGAUGGAUGUGUGCGCAGCGUGCAAGGGCCCCCGUCUCCGGCUGACCUGCUGGUUGACGACGACGCCGAUCUGGAGGAGCGUCUCAGGUGCUGGUGCUGCUGCUGA